AUGGUCCAACCUACUUCUCGACCAGAGGUAUCAGCAUUACUCACUCGGUCGAUGACAUCUCAAAGAAACCCAUCUUGUCACCGUUGUGUCUGGCCGGCUGGGACAUCGCUUUGUGAAGAAUGCGGCAAGCAGGGUCACUCCCUUGCUAAAUGCUUCGAGAUACUUGGCUAUUCGAAGUGGUGGCCAUCCAAGAACAAGCGCACCACACUCGGGUCUUUGUCGGCACAUGGGGCUUCACCGACAGCGCACCAAGCUUCAAUUCAUGUGCCUAAUUUUUCAUCUAACGUGGGCAGUUCUUUGGCAUCACCAGUGAGUGGCUUCUCCACCGAUCGAUAUACUAAAUUGAUGGAAUUAUUAAAACCAGCGGCUCUUUCUUUUACAUGUGUAAAUCCCUCAUCCCAAUCUCAUUUUAUACCUUGGAUUGUUGAUAGUAGUGCUACGCACCACAUUACUACCUCACCCGUUAAUAAAUCUCGUAUUACUACAUGCCCGACUUUUGUUUGUCUUCCUACAGGUGCUUUAACUCCCGUCACUUGUACGAGUGAUCUUUCUCCAUCUCCCAAUCUUAACAUUUCUAACAUUCUAUCAGUUCCUGAUUUCAAAUUCAAUUUAUUAUCAGACCUAAUCACGAAGAUGCUGAUUGGAGUAGGUAAAGAGCAUAACGGACUAUACCACUUCAAGCAUACUCCAGCAACUGCUCUCCAGUCAUCCUGUCAUAUCUCGUUCAAUACAUGGCAUCAACGUUUGGGUCACCAUUCUUUACAUAUUAUUCUGCAUUUUAUUUCACGUCCACAAAUAGUCGAUGAAUAUACUCAAGUCACAUGGGUAUACUCAAUGCGUUUUAAAUCUGAGACUUUGACAUGUCUUUGUGCAUUUUUUGCUAUGAUCCAAACACAAUUUCAUUCCAAAAUACGUCACAUAAAUAAUGGCAAUGGCCAAGAAUUCUUUGAGUGCACCAUUCAAUAUCUUUUUGCAGAACAAGCUCACCCUCCUCUCACAUUUUGGGGAGAGUGCGUUGUCACUGCUACAUACCUUAUCAACCGUACUCCAUCCUCAUCUUUACAAAAUAUUCUCCUUUUGAGCGCCUUUACCAACAUGCACCCAAAUAUGAUCAAUUACGUGUCUUUGGUUGUCUUUGCUAUGUCAGUACGAUUUCUGCCGGUUGUGAUAAGUUUUAACCUUAAGAUCAUCCCCGCAACCUCCUAUCCCACUUUCAAAUCUCUCAUCUCUAGAGCCCCUUCCAGCCUCUCUUCCUACUCGCCCCACUAUACUAUACACCAUCCUUUCCAUCUUGCUGAUUACGUCUAUCCUAUCUUACCGUCAACCUCUUCUGUAACGCCUUCAACUACUACAGUCACAUCUUCAGGUACGACUCAUCCACUCUUUCAUUUUGUUUCCUAUAAUAAAUUUUCUGCUAAUCACUUUGGUUUCCUAUCUAUUCUCUCACAAUCUUCUGACCCACUAGUAACUCUCAAGCUCUUAAGCACUCCCAUUGGAAUGAUGCCAUGCGGGCUGAGAUUCAAGCUCUUGAAACUAAUCAAACUUGGCUUUUAUCUCCUCUUCCUUCUGGUAAAAAACCCAUUGGUUGCAAGUGGGUUUUCAAAACUAAAUCCUAUGCCGGAUGGUUCCAUCGAACGGUAUAAGGCUCGGUUGGUGGCUAAAGGUUAUACUCAUGUUGAGGGCCUUGAUUAUCAUGACACUUUUGCCCCUGUAGCCAAACUUGUCACCGUUCGUUGUGUUUUGGCCGUUGCAGUAUCUCAUGAGGAGGUCUACAUGCCACUUCCUUCUGGUUAUGGUCAACAGGGAGAGACCCGUGUUUGUUGCCUCCUGAAAUCCGUUUAUGGCCUCAAACAGGCUUAUUGUAAUUGGUACUCCAAACUCUCAUCUGCAUUAUUAUCUGAUGGCUUCACUCAACUGUAG